AUGGACGAUCCAACGCGCGAGAGCAGCGCAAAGAGCAACAAGCAGGCCGCCUGCAUCGCCUGCCGCCGCACCAAGACGAAAUGCCUCCGAGAUCCCGGCGCCACUGUAUGCAAAAAGUGCCGUCAAAAGGGUUCCGAUUGCGUCAUUCCCUCACACCAUGUCGGUCGUCAGAAGGGCACCAAGAACAAACGCACAGGCUUGGCGAAAGCCAUAUACCAGGUCGAGCAGGCAGUCCAGCAGCUGCAGUCUGGACGCACCGACCCCAAGACCAACGACGCAGCUCUACACCUCGAGCACCUGCUGAACGCUGUUCGCCACCUGCCGCAAGGAGACCGCGCCUCCAAAGAUGGGGGGGACGCAAGCCUUGACGACUAUGCUCAAUCCGCUGGCCUCCACAACGACGACUACUCCCCUUCGAAUCCUUCUAGCCCUGACUCUUCGACCCCAGUCACUGCUGUUGCCGACUAUCCCUUGAAUGAUGCUGAGAAUCCACUCCAGCUUUUGGCUCACGCUUCAGACCUCUCCAGGCUGCGGCUCAAUUCCGGCCCUUAUCAAGAUGUUGAUCAAAGCAGCGAGUCUGUCCUGGCUUUCUUUAGUCCUCUACGCCCCAAGCUAGAUGUUAGCCCUGAUAUGGACCCCAUUGAACUCGGGCUCGUCACCCAAGCUGAAGCUGAUGAAUUGUUUCAGUACUUCUUCGAGCACCUGACGCACACGAGAUGGGGCAUGGAUAGAUUCGUGCACUCUCUGUCCUUUGUCCGCGGGCGCUCAUCCUUUCUGCUAACCUCAAUCCUGGCCGCUUCUGCUCUGUUCAUCCCUACUGCUGAAGCUCUCUCAAAAAGGCUUUCUGCUCACAGCAGGAAACUUGCCCACACCGCCAUGAUAGAGCGCUACAGAUCCGUCGAGGUCGUACUGGCUUUUAUGGUCAAUGUCCCCUGGCUGUCGUUUGGAGAUCAUUGGGCAGACGACGAAACUUGCUCUUAUCUUUCCGCCGCCCUAACCGUCGCCAUGGACCUUGCGUUGCACAAAAUCAUCACCCCUUCCCCUAAUAACGUACCCGAUGCUAGCAUGCAGGGCUACACUGGAUCUGACACUAUCGACGCCAAAAAGGCCCUUUACUUGGAUGGCUUUGAGAAUGUCGAUCCGUCCUCCAUGUUGGGAAGACGCUUGCUCAGAAGGAGGGAAAGGACUUGGCUCUCGCUCUUCGUGCUUGAUCGAGGCGUCUGUCUUGCCAGGGGACGUGUGCCGGUGGUGCCGAAAACAUCGCUGGUUGACAGAUGCGAUGCAUGGCACAUCUCGGACAUUGCCGACAUUUGGGACAGCUCCAUCGUCUCUGUUGCCGUAAUGCGAAGAGACCUGGAUGUUCUGAUCAAAAACAUUCGGGAUUGCUGCGAUCUCUUUGUGCCAGACGUUGCAUCGCCUUCCGAUUCUGUUCAGCGCAUCAAGACGAUGAUUGAUAGCUUCUUCGAGCAAUGGCAUCGGAUCUGGGCCUACGCUCAGCAACCGGGAUAUCGCCUCCCACCAUACGUUCAGAUUCUCGUCAGCCACACGAGGCUGUCACUCUACAGUAGCGUUGUCAACCACCCCACUGCUCCAGCUGAAGUCAGGAGGUUCUUCCGAGCAGCCGGUCUGUCCUCCGCGCUACAUGUCAUGCGUGCUGCCUUGCACGGCGAGAAGGAGUUAGCGUCGAUGCCGAACAAUACAGCUAUCAUGGUUGCCUUUGCCGCCUGUUUCACCCUACGCCUCCACAGCCUCGGAGCAGGCUUCAGCGCAAGUCUAGCUCCCAGCGUUCGCCACCUCAUCGAAGAGACUGCUGGCGCACUGGAGCGUAUUGGGACCACACCGCGUCACAGAGAGGGUGUCUCUGCAAUACUCGGGAGAUACCUGAGGGCCAUGCUUGGGCGCAGCAUUUCUGCAAUGCCCGCACAAAAACACAACCACCGCCAGUCUAUCCCUGAGGCUGUACCCCCAGUCUCAACCGAUGCUAUUCCUGGGGCACAGUUCCCUGCGGUUACGUCUUGGGCGGGGGAGACUACAGUCACGCCGCAACCGCUCCUUUUCUCGACGAUGUCUGACAUUGAGAUCGACCAGGCUAUCCAGAACGACCAGAACGCGUUGCAACCCUUUGAUCUCAACCUCCCUAUGGCUUAUGCCAACAACCUGGACUGGAUGGACUGGUUAGACUGGGCCGGGUGA